CCCAUUACCAGCCCAUCUGCAUCAUCCCCACUGUUUUAUAGGGAGCUCCUCCGAAAGCGAGCUCCUCCAUUCGCGGCUUCGCGCAAAGCCCACCCCACAAAAUCUCUCUCCCCAAACUGCCCCUCGCCGGCGCCCGGCGGCGAUGUGCCCGACCGAGCCCGAUCGCGCCAAUAAGGCCGCCGCCGGCUCCGGCGACCGGAGCUGGCGGGAGGAGGCCGCGGCUGCCGGCUCGCUGCGCCAGGUCGACCUCGACCGCGGCACCAACGGCUGGGCCUCGCCGCCGGGGGACCUCUUCCACCUGCGCGCGCGGGGCUACUUCUCCGGCGGCGGCGGCAAGCGCGGCAAGGCGCCGUCCGCCGCGGAGUGGCUGCUCCGCCCCGCCGGCGUCGACUGGCUCCGCUCCCACGCGCGGCUCGACCACGUGCUCGCCCGCGACGACAACCCCGUCGCCGCCGCCUUCCGACGCGCGCGCCUCAGGAAGGACCCCACCGCGCACUUCCUCCUCGCCGUUAAUCUCCAGGUGCCGGGCCGGCCGGACGCGUACAGCGCGGUGUUCUACUUCGCGGCGGAGGCGCCCAUCCCGCCGGACUCGCUGCUCGGCCGCUUCGUCCACGGCGACGACGCCUACCGCAACGCGCGCUUCAAGAUCGCCAACCGCAUCGUCAAGGGCCCCUGGAUCGUCCGCGCCACCGUCGGCAACUACGCCGCGUGCCUCCUCGGCCGCGCGCUCACCUGCCGCUACCACAAGGGCGACGACUACCUCGAGAUCGACGUCGACAUCGGCAGCUCGGCCAUCGCCAGCGCCAUCCUGCACCUCGCGCUUGGCGCCGUCACGGCGGUUACCAUUGACAUGGGGUUCCUCGUCGAGUCCCAGUCCGAGGAGGAGCUGCCUGAGAGGCUAUUCGGUGCCGUGCGCAUCGCGCAGAUGGAGAUGAGCGCGGCAAAGUACGUUGAGCUGCCACCCGAUGAGGCGAUGCCUGAGACGGCCGGCAGGGCUGGGGCGGGGUUCAGGGUCAGCUCGGCCAAGGUAGUCAAUCAUAGCCGCCAACAAGAACACGCCGGCGGCAAGGCCGGCAGGUCGAUGAGUCUCCCAGAGCGAGAGAGGGGAGGAAAAUAGGCGCAAAGGAUGCUGGUGCGGUGCCGAAAUCAUCCAUCAGCUGGAGGAAGAUGGGCUAGAGCCGGAGGAGGACGAGUGCCGGGCAGAGGGUAACACAACUACACGAGGCAUAAAACGGGAGGAAAAUUAAAGCUGGUGCCACGACCACGAAUAUGGAUGGAUGGAUCCCUUCAUAAAGUCGAUUCGAGUUCAUUUGGUUGUGAUGAGAAACCUAAGCCAAGCCCUGAUGGAUGAUGCUGAGAAAUCAAAGUUAGUACUAGUAUAAAUAUUAAUCCUCUGUGCGUUUCCUAAUAUAACAUAAUCAUGGCGCCCGGCUUUGUUCUUGGGCCGCUGCCAGCCACAUCUCUGGUCUCUCUGCUGUCUGUCUGUCUCUGCUUGGUGUUGGUGGAAAUAUCUGGCCUGA